AGCUUCACCUCGAAGCUGCAGUAUCAGCGGUCAGCCACAGAGAACGUGUUUAUGACUUUUCAGCUGGACUGCCCCAAGCUGCUGAAGCUCACGGGACUGCCCGGCCGUCUCAUCGUGUCUCUGUUCGAGCACAGCUCAUUGGUGGAGCACGUGAAGAGUCCUGCUGGACAGACCUCCCCUGACAUUCACGCAGUGGCUAAAGAGAUCGCACCCAUUAACGGUGUUGACCUUCUUAAGAUCCGUAAUAUCCUUCUAGAGAAGUGGCUUUGCACACCAGGGCAGACAAAUGGCAAGGUAAGAGGUUUUCAAACACACGCAGUUACUUUAAAUGUUGGCUGA